AUUCCUCUUCCGGGGGUCGUUAGGAGAAGAUGGGCCGUCCCAUGUACUGGCUGGCAUUUGCCUUCUGCACCCUCGCUCUUGCGUCCUCGAAGGACGAGGAGCGUGCGGCGACUCCAAUCAUUCUUGACGACGAGGAGCGUGCGGCGACUCCAAUCAUUCUUGACGACGAGGAGCGUGCGGCGACUCCAAUCAUUCUUGACGACGAGGAGCGCGCGGCGACUCCAAUCAUUCUUGACGGGAGUGAUGACAAAGGCCACGAGGGACCGGACGACAAAGCAGAAAUGAGAGAUCUGACACGAGACUUCAUGGAAACCAAUCCUAGUGUUGUUAACGGCCACCAAGUCUUUGAAGGAGACAUGGUCUUGACGGAGAGCCAGUGGCGAGCGGUCAGGGAGAGGAAGGCCAUUGCAGACCUCUCAGCGCGCUGGCCUCAACAGGGCGGCUUCCCCACCGUGCCCUACUACCUCGACACUACCGACUCCGUCACUGUGGCUGCCAUAAAUGCAGCGAUUGCUCACUGGGAGCAAAACACCUGCAUCAGAUUCCAGCUCACGUCCAACCUCGCUCAACGGCACGUCAGGUUUUUUGAAGGGUCUGGAUGCUGGUCGUAUGUCGGCAUGCUGGCCCAGAAUGGACAAGACAUUUCUAUUGGAAGUGGCUGCAAAGAACUCGGCAUUGUCGCCCAUGAGAUCGGCCACGCCAUUGGGUUCGUGCACGAGCAGAGUCGCCCCGACCGUGACGACUAUGUGGUCAUCAAUUAUGGCAACAUCCAAACUGGCAAGGAAAACAACUUCAAUAAGUACAGCACGUCAGUGGUCAACACCUACGGCAUACCAUACGACUACUCAUCCGACAUGCACUACGGCUCUACGGGCUUCACCAACAACGGCAAGUCGACCAUCGCCACCCUAUAUCCCUUGGCGCAGGAGCUCAUCGGCCAGCGCACGGGACUCUCUCACAGGGACAAACUAUUGGCCAACACCAUGUACGGCUGCAUCAAUAAGUGGCUUGCUGCUUGCGGAGUGAACGCCGACCCCUGCCAGAACGGCGGGUUUUAUGGAAAUGGCUGCGCUUGUGUGUGUCCCUCGGGCACCUCAGGGGCCAACUGUCAGACAGUGACAGGAAACUACUACGACAAGUUGACGAAUCCCUGCACUGAGAAAGUAACUCAGGAAGGCACCCUCACCUCGCCGGGCUAUCCAAGCAACUACCCAAACAUCCAGUGCGUCAAGUGGAUUGUAGCUCCCGUGUGCCACGUGCCCCGAGUGACCUUCUCAGACUUUUACCUGUACGGAAAGGAUCCCUACUGCGGCUCGACUACAGCGACGUGCUGCUACUUUGAUGGUCUGGAGAUCAGAACCGACAACUUGUACAACGGUGCAGUGUAUUGUGGCACGGACAUCACUGCAGGCCAGACCUUCACCGGAACCGGUCAAGAGAUGAUUUUAUACUUCAGGGCGAUAAGUAAUAAUCUUCGCAGGGGAUGGUCUGCCCAACUCACCUUUGUGCCGCAACCGGGAUGCACAACCACCACUACAGAAACCUCCACCACCACCACAGCAACAACAACCACCACUACAGAACCCACCACCACCACUACAGAACCCACCACCACCACCACAGAACCCACCACCACCACCACCACCACAGCAACAACCACCACUACAGAACCCACCACCACCACUACAGAACCCACCACCACCACCACCACCACAGCAACAACCACCACUACAGAACCCACCACCACCACUACAGAACCCACCACCACCACCACAGAACCCACCACCACCACCACAGCAACAACCACCACUACAGAACCCACCACCACCACUACAGAACCCACCACCACCACUACAGAACCCACUACCACCAUUACAGAACCCACCACCACCACUACAGAACCCACCACCACCACUACAGAACCCACCACCACCACAGCAACAACCACCACUACAGAACCCACCACCACCACUACAGAACCCACUACCACCACUACAGAACCCACCACCACCACUACAGAACCCACCACCACCAAUACAGAACCCACCACCACCACAGCAACAACUACCACUACAGAACCCACCACCACCACUACAGAACCCACCACCACCACUACAGAACCCACCACCACCACUACAGAACCCACCACCACCACUACAGAACCCACCACCACCACCACUACAGAACCCACCACCACCACUACAGAACCCACCACCACCACUACAGAACCCACCACCACCACUACAGAACCCACCACCACCACUACAGAACCCACCACCACCAUUACAGAACCCACCACCACCACUACAGAACCCACCACCACCACCACAGCAACAACAACCACCACUACAGAACCCACCACCACCACUACAAAACCCACCACCACCACCACCACCACAACACCACCCACCACCACCACCACAACACCCCCCACCACCACCACCACAACAAAACCCACCACCAGAACCACCACUACAAAACCCACCACCAGAACCACCACUACAAAACCCACCACCAGAACCACCACUACAAAACCCACCACCAGAACCACCACUACAAAACCCACCACCAGAACCACCACUACAAAACCCACCACCAGAACCACCACUAAAAAACCCACCACCACCACCCCGAGAGCAACAACCACCACUACUAAACCGACCACCACCACCACCAGCCCACCACCACCAAGAUGUUUAACUCAGGCAUUCAACGGAGUGUUCUACUGGUCCUCCCCAGGCUUCGGGAUUACCAACUACCCGAAUAACUUUAACUGCGCACUGCGAGGAGUUUCGACGACAUCCAUGUUGACGCUGAAACUGGAGAGGUUCACGCUGCAGGGAGCGCUGAGAAGAUGUGUGGAUGGCGUCGAGUUAACAUUCUUGUACAAUCGAACGACAACGUUGUGUGGGUCUCAAUCAGGGAAAGUCUUUACAUCGCCAUCUUUCAAUUUCAACGCGAGAUUCUUCACCGACCCCACGAAGACCUAUCAGGGCUACAACAUCUCCUUCACGCCUGCAACCACGAGUUGUCACCAGAUAAUCACGGCAGCUGUUGGUCAGACUGGCACAAUAACUUCCCCUCCAGCAGAAAAAUACUGCGAAUACCGAAUCCAGGCUCCUUCUGGAAGUCGCGUGAAGGUCAACGAAGUUACAUCAAGGAUUCUAGGGACAACGAACUGUGAAACUGACUGGCUUCUGCUGAACGGGAGGAGUGAGAAGAUGUACCCGUCAGACACCAGCUUAAUUAUCUGCGGCAAUAGGGUAGUGCCUUCACCUCUGAUAUCCCAGACCAAUGAGGUGUACGCAGCUUAUCAAGGCACCAGCAGCAGCAGCCGCGGUUUCACUAUCAAGUAUACCGUCAUCUAAGUCAAACGUUCCUGGAUUUUCUCGCCAAUCACGACUCCAAUGUAUCUAUACGGGCACGAAUUUCAUUUUCUUUACAACAAAGGAGACAGCUCAAGGGCACACAAAAAAGGAAACAAUAAUGAAAAAAAAAGAGCCCGCUUCUCGCUGCUCCUAAAAAAAUGAAUCAAAAGAGGUGGCCGAAAGAGAGGUCAAUUUCGGGAGGAGAAUUCAUUAGUACACCUGCAACCCUUUCAGUUUGCCUCUUGCCCACGAUGUUUCUUUGUUUAAAAUCAUAUCACUGGUAAGCCAAGUCAGCUGAUAUAACUUAAACGAGGAACAGAUAUCAAGGCUGGUAUUACAAGACACUUUCCCUUCUCACAUCAAGAUAUUUCUAAAGGUCAAAAGGGGAUAUCAAUCAGGCUCUAAUGAGUGUUUUUUAGGCUCAGGGUACAGAAGAAGGGUCAAACUACCACCAGGGUCAUAAAACUAGAACCGGAAAUGCCCACAACUUCUAGGAAAGCCUUGUCAAAUAUGUGUUCUUGGGCGGCGAAAUGUCUUAUAAUGCGAGCCUAAGCAUCCUUAUAGUGUUCUACAAUAGCCGCCCCAAGAAAAUAAAUAUAUGCAGCAG